AUGAAGGUGAUCGUGAUUGGAGGUGGUAUCGGGGGUCUCGCAGUUGCAACUGGUCUUCGGCGUGCUGGCCAUCUCGUUAUUGUCUUUGAACGGUCUUCUUUCCGCGACGAAGUUGGCGCGGCGAUCCAUGUUUGCCCAAAUGCUUCCCGGGUGCUUUUGCAUUGGGGGUUCGAUGCCGAAAAGGCCCGUAUGGUGGCAGUUCGGCGUUCCAUUGUGGCGUCGGGCAGCUCACUGCAGCCAAUACUGGAGGUAGAUUGCUCCAGCUUCGCUCAGACCUAUGGCGCCCCUUGGUACUUGGCCCACCGGGCCGAAUUACACUCCGGUCUGCGACACUUGGCCACUGCCCCAGAGGGCCCUGGAAGCCCAGUGGAGGUCAUCUUGAAGUCAGAGGCCGUAGCAUAUGAUGCAGAUGAAGGAUCGGUCACUUUGACUGAUGCAUCAGUUCACUAUGCCGAUCUUAUCGUGGCAGCAGAUGGCGUACAUUCCUCCGCUGUUCAUCAGGUAACAGGCCAUGCAACACCAGCAGCCUCCACUGGUUCAGCGGCUUUCCGGUUCCUGAUCCCGACCGAGACGCUGCAACAGGAUCCAGAAACGGCGUCACUUCUCGAAGAUGGUCUCAUGAGGGUGAUAGUUGCAGAGGGUGUGAGGCGUCUUGUUUGGUAUCCGUGCUCGAAUAACACCAUUCAAAAUUUUGUAGGAAUUCACGCCGAUCAGCAAGUGAAAGAUGGUGAAAAAGAAGAUUGGAGUCAAGCCGCCGAUGUCAACGACGUUCUUUCACAGUACCAUGACUUUCACCCCAGUCUCUUAAAAGUCUUGAAGAAAGCUACCAGCGUUAAAAGAUGGCCGCUUCUCUACCGCGAUCCUAUUUCAACCUGGAGCCGCGGCCGGCUCGUGCUCAUCGGAGACGCUGCUCACCCAAUGCUUCCUCAUCAAGGCCAAGGCGGUGCCCAAGCCAUCGAGGAUGCGGGUGCUUUAAGUGAGAUAUUCAGUAACCUGCCAAGCAGUCAUACCAGGGAUGAAAUUAGUUCCCGAUUAGUGCUCUUUGAGAAUGUGCGCAUGAAUCGCGCGUCUGCGAUUCAGAUAUUCUCAAAUGCGGGACAAGAUGAACCAUGGAAGAUCCGUGAGCGUGCACGGAAGUACUUGCCAGAUUCUGUCGAGGUGCCCUCAUUGCCGUCGGAGUUCAUGGAGCACAACUUUCGCUACGAUGUGAUUAAGGAUAGCCGAUCUCAUGUGGAUUCGUUUACUCAAAAAGGGAUUCAACUUUCACAGGUUGGCUUAGCCUGA